GUAUAUUGUUGUCAUUUUGACAUUAUGAGGAAAAUAUAAAAAAAAUCCUGUAAAAGUAAUAUCUGUUUGGUUUUCGAAAAUCUAAAUUUUAGUGUUAACGCUUAAAGUAAUAAAAUGAAAAUCACAGAACCGAAAACGGAUGAAGUGAAAGAAACACCAAACGAAGAAGCAGAAAAAGUCCCUCUCUAUGGCACGUUGCAAUGGAUAUACUACUGGAGUGACUUCGAAGGUCACCUCCCAACCCCCAUCAAUGUUUCCAUAACUGGCUCCAUACCAUAUACGUGCCCUGAAUUAAAAUGGUACAACUUUGAUGUUUUCCCCCAUAAGGUUAAGCUUUCAAACACUGGAUAUACAGUCCUCAUUGGGGCGAAAUGGAAAGCAGAGCGACCGUACUUAGAAGGUGGACCGUUCCAAGACAAGCACAUCUUUUCGCAAAUUCAUUUCCACUGGGGAGCUGACAUGAUGGAGGGCAGUGACCACACAGUCGACGAUAGAAGGUAUCCUGGUGAAAUGCAGGUAACGUUCUUCCGAUCUGAGUACAUGACGCAGGAGGAAGCUCUGCGUCACCCCGACGGAGUUGUAAUGAUAUGUUAUUUGAUAAAGUACGGAGUGAAUCCUGACAAACAUUUAAGCUGGGUAGUCGAAGGAUUCUCAAGGAUUCAGGAAGCUAAGACGAGUACCCGCAUAGGUCCGGAGCCACUGUCACACCUACUGCCAAUGUUUUACGAAGAUUACUUUUUGUAUUGGGGCGAGCUGAGAACUGUCAAGGGGGACAGCUUUGUGGUCCGCUGGCUGGUGCCGAGGGCUUGCUUGUUUGCUUCGUUUGAUCAGAUGAACGAAUUCCGUCAGCUCUGGGACCCGUGGGACGAACCUAAUCUCCGUAAUUUCAGGCCUCUCCAACAAAACGAAAACAGACACGUUUUUUUUAUUAAUUCACACUGGAGCUUGUACAAUACUCUACUGCCGCUACCGAGGGUACCUGAACCUUCAAUAUCAGCUCUUUCACCUGCCUAUGAAAACAAUUUAAGUUUGCUUCCACCACAAAAUGCCUAUAUGCUACCAGAAGAAUCUAAAGAAUGUGAAGAAAAGCUGUAGUUGCUGGAGCUAUGUACUUGUAUUGCAACCUAAUCUAAGCCAUAUUAUGUAUAAGUUUCUGUUGUACCUAUGAAGACGACAAAAAAACAAGAACUGGAUAUCGGGCGCGCAAUUACCUACGAAAUAUAGGAAAAUGGCAGCUAUAAUCGGAGACGCUAAAGAAGUGUCGUCCGGCGGUGUCAUUCGCCAAAGCUGACGGUAGUGCAUGCUGUAACAUUCUGGUCCAGCGAGAUAUUUCGGGACACCAGCAGCAACGCCUGAUGCGGCCUGAAUGACUGCCGCACCGGAACGGCUGACAUAGUGUCGUCGACUAUCAUCUCUACCCCUUCUACUCUGUCCGAGUUUUGAACCCCUAUAUAGAUCGGACGUCGGGUGAGAGAGUUCCAGGGAGGUCGUUUGGUGGAUAGGGCCCCAUAAACAUCCUUGAUCUCAUGGUCUACUCCUAAAAUCUGCAGACCGUGAAAUCCCAUAUGCCCCACGCAUCCCCUAGGGGCAGACACCUCGUAUGAGGUUUGGCACCCUGUCCGAAAAGUCGAGUUCAUAUUGGACUCAUAAGCUAUUUAUCACAAGGUAGGCAGUGAGCUCGUUCAACCACCUAAUCAUAAAGAAUAAAGAAUAUUUAUAAUUUUAAUCACACAUACAUAUUGUUGAUAUAUAUAUUAUUAUAUACUCUUGAUACACCCUCUUUAGAAUCAAAUAAAUUAGGUGCUGUAUCAGCAUGUUCAUCUAAGCAUGCAAAGGCAAUAAAUUAAAAGAUACAUGACGUUUAA